AUGUUUCUACUUUUACUUUUAUUUCUUAUCAACAAUCAAUGCUUUAGUUUAGAUCUUGGUACAUGUCGUGCUCCUCUUGGCAUUCAAUCUGGUGCAAUACCAGAUUUAUCAUUUCAAGCUAGUUCAUCUUUAGAUGUAACACUUGGUCCACAUACAGCUCGUAUUCGAUCAGCUAUUGAAGGUGGUGGUUGGUGUCCAAAAACAUUAAUUGAUAAUCAAAGUGAAGAAUAUUUACAGAUUAAUUUUUUUAAUUUAACUGUGAUUACAUUAAUUGAAACUCAAGGACGUCAUGGACCAUUUCAAGAAGAUUAUGUUGAUUAUUAUCGUCUUGAAUAUCGUCGUGAUCCAACUCAUCCAUGGAUAAAAUAUCGUGAUUUUCGAAAAAAAGAAAUUUUUCAUGGAAAUUCAAAUAAUAAUAUUGCUGAAAUUCGUGAAAUUUUACAACCAAUUAUAGCUAUACAAUUACGUAUUUAUCCAAUUCAAUCAAAUGAUAAAAAAGCUAAAAGAAUGUGUCUUAGAUUAGAAUUAUAUGGUUGUUUAAGUGAUGAUCAUUUAAUAUCAUAUACCAUUCCACAAGGUGAUAGACGUUCAUUUGAUAUGGAUUUUAGUGAUAAAACAUAUGAUGGAUAUUUAUCACCUUUAACAAAUGGUCUCGGACAAUUAAUUGAUGGUGAUAUUGGAUCAGAUGAUAUUCGUUUAGAUACUCAAAGUUGGGGUUUACGUGGUUUUGAAUGGAUUGGAUGGAAAAAAACAAUAAAAAAUCGAACAUUUAUACCAUUAAAAUUUUAUUUUGAUUCAAUUCGAAAUUUUACAGAAAUACGUUUACAUACAAAUAAUAUGUUUUCAAAGGAUAUUGAACAAUUUCAUCGAAUAAAUAUAACAACAUAUUUCAAUGAAAAUUUUCUUGAAAAUAAACAUAUUAUUGAAUUAUCCAAUGAUAGACAAUCUGAACAUGCUAGAUGGAUUAAUAUACCAAUGAAAGAACAAUUAGCAAAAAUUAUUCAUAUUGAAUUAACAUUUGGAAAUUCUAAUUGGAUGUUAAUUAGUGAAGUACAAUUUAUUUCAAAUGAUAUUUUAGAUAUGAAACUUUUAUCACAAUUAAAUGCUAAACAAUCUCAUAAGUUAAAUUCACCAACGACAAUCACUGUUCCAUUACAAUUUAUAAUUAUUCUUGCUUGUGCAUUUUCAUUUAUUUUUAUUAUUGUUCUUAUUUGUUGUAUUGCAAUUAUACUCAAACAUAGAAAAAAACGAAAAUUAAAUCGAUAUGGUGAAAAAUUGAUUUCACAAACAUGUCAUACUGAUAAUAAUCAUAAUCAAUUAAAACUUCAAAUUCCAUGUUGUAAUAAUAUUGAAAAAGAUACUCAAAGUUCAAAUCGUAGUCAAAGUUCAUACGGUGCUCCGAGUUCAUCAGAACCGUCAACAUUUAGUGGUACACCAAAACUAUUAGCACGAAAUAAAUGUUUACCAUCAACAACAUUCCAUCAUCCACAAUCUGUGAAAUUACUUUCAACAAAUGGUAUUGAUAGUGAAGCCAAUUUUUAUGCUUCAACAGAUAUAAUUAGUGUCAAUAAUGGAACGAAUGAUUUAUCAUCAACAUUACGUGGUGUAUGUGGAACAAAUUUAAUGAUACGAUCGAUAACAAAUGUACCACAAAUGAUUAUGCCUCCAAGAAAAGUUGAAUUAAUCUCAAGUGAAAUUGUACCACCAGGAGAUCUUUAUGGUGAAGGAAGAUUUGGACAAAUUUCAAUUGGUAAUGUAUAUUCAUAUAAUCGUAUUAUUAUACGACGUUUAACUAAAGUUUCAACAAUGUCUCGAUCAUUAUUUGCUCAAGAAAGUCAAUUAUUAUGUUCAAUUGAUCAUCCUAAUUUAGCUAAUAUCCUUUAUAAAACACUAGAUGGUCUUGCACUUGUAUCAGAAUAUACUGAACUUGGAGAUUUAUGUCUAUUAAUGAGACGUAUUGUUGAAAAUGAUGUCAAUGCUCGACUUGAUUAUCAAGCAAUGUUAUUUGUAACAUGUCAAAUAUCUAGUGCAUUAAGUUAUCUUGAAUCUCGACAAUUAAUACAUCGGGAUGUAUCAACAAGAAAUUGUUUAGUAUUUAAUGAUUAUAUUAUUAAAUUAACUGAUAUUGCUAUGGCUUCACCUAUUUAUUCAAAUUAUUAUUCAACUGAAGCACAUUUACCUGUUCGAUGGAUGUCACCAGAAAUUUUAAUUAAUGGUGGAAAUAGUUAUUCAAUAAAAUCUGAUGUUUAUAGUUUUGGUAUAACAUUAUAUGAAAUAAUGAUAACAUGUCGAAUACUUCCAUUUGCACAUUUAUCUGAUCAAGAAAUUCUUUUAUCACCACCAUUAUCAACAGAUUUAGAUAUAACAUUUAUUGAUAGAAUACAAUUAAAAGAAAUAAUUGAUUUGAUGUUUGCUUGUUUAAGAAUUAAUCAUCAUGAACGACCAACAUUUCAAGAUAUUCAUCGAUUUUUAUAUCAACAACAACAAACACAGUCAAAUUAA